AUGGAACGGUCUAUGUACACAGAUCAUGAACGUCGUGUGAUCAGCGAACGAAAUAAAAAAUACCGAGGGAUAGCUCUAAUCAACCUGAGCCAGAUUGUGCCCCACAAUUCUAUUUGUCGGGCAUUGGAUCCAAGGAACGUCGAUAGACUAUGCGGAGUCUUCAGCAAAGAAGGCUGUCGAAGAUUGGAUGUUCCUAACCAUGUAACUGCUGUCGUAUCGAGCCACAGUCUAGAUGAUGCACUCCAAAAGGCGCGAGUGAGCGCUGCGCAACUGAUGAGUGACACAUCCGAUGGAUAUCCUCACUUGCAAUUUCCCAGUGGGGAAGUAAAAUGUCUGCACGGACAGCAUCGUUUGAAAGCUGGUGAAGAGUUUUUGGCGGACUGCGAUCAGUGGUGGACAGUGAAUCUAUACCUAGAUGACAUAAGCCCCUCGCUUCAAGCGACGCUUGUUGAUGAAUACUGCAACGAGAAAACGCCGACUGAUGGCGAAAUCUACCGUAAGAUUCGUCAAUAUCAACAUGAGGCAAAUGCUCACUUUGAGAAACGGUGGAAAUCCCGUCUUUCACCAAACAAACUGAAGCGUUUCCAGCAGCUUGAAUCUCAUGACGAUGUACGGGCCGCAGUGAAUUCUCUGUUGGCACUUCCAGCUCUACUCGAGCAUGGAAUGAAGAUUUGCUCAAUCUCCCGUGCUUUGGCCAUUGGUUGCGAUGAGGAAUUGGUCAUCGGUUUGAAUGAUCUGUACGAAUACUGGUCGUCUUUGGUAAAGCAUAAGCGUUCAAAAAUGUUGAAAAUCGAUCCUCGGACAAUACAGUCUCUGCAGCUCCUGGCUCCUGGAGUGUCUAACAAAGAUAGAAAGCUUGCAAAAGGGCUUGUUCUGAGCGGCGAAGCAUUCUCGGCAUUCACUUCGGCUGAGCGUACCUCGAUUUGGAAAUUAAUGAAAUCAAGGAAACGCAUAAUUCCAUCACUCUACACUUUUUUCCGGAAUGUGUGGUAUCUGGAGUCUUGCGCAAAUUGCUUGAAGCGAAUUGUCUCACUGAACAAAAAACAACCGACUAUCAAACGUGCAGUGCGAAAUGCUUUUUCGAAACCACACUCUGAAGGCGGCGACUGCUUGAUUCAGGUUUCCGAAACAAAGUUUCGGCCAUACAAAGGUCACGAGACCGACCGUGCGGAGCUCGCUUAUCGGCAACUCUGGCUGUAUGCUAUGCGCCAUUAUCUGAAAAUGGCCAAGGAACCUGAAAACCAGGAUGAUGUGGUGAAAGCUUGGGAGAAAGCAGAUCCUAGAAUCCUCUACGACCUGGCAGUUCUGGCUCGGAGACUGGGGUUUCGAUCUGACCGAAUCAAAAGUCUGCUGAAGCAGUCCCCGGAUCGACAAAUCGCACGCGAGGCGCUUUUGAAGGCGCGAGAUCACGAGCAAUACAAAUAUGACAAUGAUGUCUUUGAUUCACUCGUGGAUCGCGUAGCUGAGUGCUUUCAACAGGCUUCUCCACUGAACUGUGACCCUGAGAGGGGGCUUACUGAUGGUAGAGAAAUUCAAAUCAGACAUCAAUGCGGUUACCCUCAAGUCAAGGCUCAAAGGCAAGAUCGUUGGUUUCUUUUUAUUGACCAGCUCCAUACCGCAUGGCCAUCGACCACCAAAAAGGUCUCCACUUUAUUUGUUAGACAGUGUGUGUAUUAUACAUUCUUCAACCGGUUACCAUUCACUUCACCAAGUGUCACGGAUCGGCAUCCUAUGUCGCCACUUUUCGUCGCCGAGGAGGGCUCUGAAAGGAUAUCACAAUUUAGCAAAGAGGAGGUGCCUUCAAGGAAAGUAUAUCGGAAGACAAGGGAACCAGAAAAGCGCAGAAAAGAAAAAGGUUAUGGCCGGCAUCGAGAAGAGAGAAGGAGACAUGAACGACGGGAAAAGAAGCGGACGCGAGAACAUAAGAAGGGGAGGAAGCAGAGCCAUGGGCAUAGGCGCGAAAACCACCAAUCCCCUCGCUCGCGUUAUCCACAGUUAGAAUGGCACGCGUCGGCCAAUUCUCCAAAAAGGAUUUACAGCAUACGCGACCAUUCAAAUGAGACGCAUCCGUCGUCCACAUCAGGAGAAGAGGAAGGGUACCGAAUCGAUUUCGGUGAGCAUUUGCAACAAAGCUCGGAACUUGGUACAGAUGACGACACGGAGAUGCCGCACGAACCGGACAUUGAGUGUGCCGGGGACCCGACUCAUGAAUCCCAAGCCGACAACUCACUGAUGCCUGGCCAAAUUGCGCGUGAGCAGAUGCAGGAUACACAAAGCCAGAGCUUAGCGACAAUUAUUGCCGAGCAAGACAUUCCGGGUGAGCAUUCGUGGGAAUCGACCUACCAACGCGAGGAAGAAAUGGCAACAAACGAGGUGUUGGAGGAUGCAGUUGUGGAGAACACCGGGGAACUGGAGUCUGCAGAAUUGGCAACUCAACAAGCCGUUGCUCUCCCGGGGCAUGGGCCAUCCAGGAGAGACAGUAAACGUUCACGGUGGCGAGAUGAUGCCAAAUAUAGACCAUAUGAUGUGGCGCAGCGGAGGAAGCGAGAAAGGCCUUCUGUUUCUGAGCAACCACAGGAUGCAUUAGAAAGACAGAUCGGCGAGCUAUUGCAGCCAAGCGAGAUGUCCAGCCCGGGGCAUCCAACCAGGCCAGUGACCCAAAUCGACUUUUCAGAGAUGCCUCCUGAGCCGCCACAAGUCAAUGAAGGCCAGGAAUCCGAUCUAGCGGAUAGAGAAUACCAAAAAGCAUAUACGGAACACCAGUCGCCUUGGGAUACAACCGUUACAACCUCCGCGGGGAUUUUUGACCCCGGGAGAGGCAAAAGUCAGGAAUUUUCGGAUUCUAUGGGGAAUGGAGCCACCCCAUCAACGCACGACGACGAGCCAAGCACUUUCCAAACAACAAUUGAGAAUAACGUGGCAAACCAAGCAGAGCCAGUAGUGGAUGACGGGACCAAUUUAUCAGAAAAUUUGACGAGUACACUGGCACGUUCCAAAUAUACCACAGAGGACUUGUCGCAACCUUCUAUACAGUUCAGACUGCAAUCAAGACGAGACGGUGUCGUUUUUGCGCAGCCAACAUCUGAGCAGCCGUCUGUGGACGACGUUCUAGAGAGGAUAUCGCCCGAAACUCAGGCUACCUCAGGUAGGGCCCGGGCGGAAGAGGGCCACGAGAAACCCACAGCUCUCACGUCAACAACGGUGAACGAUCAACCGAUCGAAACACAGCAAGAACAGCCGUCUAUAUCCCAGGAUGCUUUCGCAUCUCACCAUAAUAGUAGCGAUGGAGAGAGAGGGCGAUCUAACACGCCAUCAGCGCUUCAUGCCCCUACACGACAUCAGAGCAAAACCCCGAAGCCUCUGGAAAUCUCUGGACCAUCUGAUCAUAUGAACGUGGAUGGGCCGUCAGGUAGGAAGAGAAGGAUAUUGUUUGGUCACCGUGCCCGGAAGGAUGUCCAACGCCCUCGUAACGAGGGGAUAUCGCGCAGAGCUCAGGCUACCCCAGGUGGGGCACAGGCAGAAGAAGGCCACGAUAAAUACACAGCUCCCAUAUCAACAACGGUAAACCAUCAGCCGAUAGAAACACAGGAAUUAAGCCCUGGAUCAUCCGAUGAUAUGAAUGUUGAUGGGUCGUCGGGCACACAGAGAAGGCAAUCGUUUGGUCACCGCCCCCAGCAGAAGGUCCAUCGCCCCAAGAAGGAAAUCAAGCAACCAAGAGCCGUCACGCAAAUUGACUUUACAAACUGGACCGAAGUUGCUACUUCAGAACGGGAAUCCGGAGAUCCCGAUAAAGUGGAUACAAUGCGACAGGAAUUGUUGGCUCAUCCACGUUGGCACGGCAAAAACCAGUCGACUCGGCUAAACGACCUGGAUGAGAAUGAUAGCCAGAAUAUCGCUGCCUCUCGUCCCAAACAGAUUGAAGACGAGACUGUUGAUCAUGAGUGGCGACGUGAGGAAGACCAAAAUGUUCGGAUCAUUUUCAGGGGAAGAGAUGAUCAGGGCGGAUGGGAUUACGUCAUUCAUCAGAUCACGGUCAAUCCGUCCAAUCCAGUGGCGGUGGAAGCAUUCGCCCGGGAGAAAGCGAAGGAGAAUGUUCCGGUAACAUUCUACGAUCAAAACCUUCGCGCAAUUCCCCCUGCGCAAUGCUUUGAUGCAGCUGUCCAGGAUGGCACAAACACCAUUUUUGUGGCGUAUGGUCCCGAAUUGGUUCGCAAUGAGGAGAACAUGAACUCAGUUUCGCGUGCUCUAGCGGAGGGUAGUGACCACUAG